AUGGACUACAGCAUGCUCCAUGACACCAUUCUGGCCCUCGAGGAUUCAACCUGGCGAGCACUAACGAAUUCGGGAGCCGCACUAUUGCCAUUCCUCAGUCGCGAUUGUAUAAUGCUGUUUCCGUUGGGAAUGAAAGUGUCGGCCAAGACGGCGCCAAAUCUUGAAGAUGUGAUGAGGAGCGAUGCGUUUGUGCCAUGGAAGCAGUACAAUAUGACCGACGUGGAGGUUACACCGUUGGGACCCGAAGCAGCUCAGAUCACUUAUCGAGUCAACGCGACGAGGCGGCAUAUUACAGCAGAUGACGAUACCCGACAGGACGAAUUCAAAGCUUUGAUCUCGAGCACGUGGAGGAAAGAUCCAGAGGCAGGAAAAUUCCUUUUGUGCGUUCAUCAACAAACACCAUAUGAAGAGGAUUUGGACUUUUAA